AUGGCUGGGAGUUCAGCGCAGUCUGGAGUCGAGCCAGUCUCUGGGUUGCAAGGCUCGGGAACGGCGACCGACCCUUACGACCAAGGCAAUGCAGAUGACCUUGUUACCUCUGGCUCGGAGCCUCCCUCAGGCAUCCAAGGGAAGGGCACAGCAACAGACCCUUACGAUGGUGGGAACGCGCCAGAGAACCCAAGCGUUUCCGUUUCCGAUACAACUCCUACGCCGACUGCGGCAGUGUCCACGACAGUCACGUCUGGGAAGAGUGCGGUUGAGCGAGGUCGAAGUGGCCUGACUGCGCCGGCGCAAAACAAGGUUUUCGACAGGGAACUGAGUCCUGGCUGCCUGGAUGAUGGGACACACGUCAAGACUAGUGGCGACCGUGGAGAAUCAUAUGAGCCCAGCAAGAUGAGUAGACUGAAGGGCAAGCUGACCCAGUUUGGGAGACAUUAG